CUUGGUUUGGGACGUUUCGGAGAGGAGUUGGUUAGCAGCUUAAACUUUCACUUUAAGAAGAAGCUGUAUUUUAUCCUGGAGGAAAGAGGAGUUCCUGAGGACAUUGGAGGCGAACUGUGAUGGGGCUGAAUGUGUAGACACCAGUGGCCUUCAUCAGACAAACCCUGCUGCUGCUUCAGAAAAAGGUGUGUGAAAGCGUCACAUCAGGGGAAUUUGUGAUCACUCUGAGAGACACAACCUUGGGCAAGAGACCUGACCAGCAGAUUGAAGGUCUGUGGGUGAAACUGCAGGAGGCUCACCAUGGUGCAGGAGAAGAAUGACGGGAUAGACAAAGGCAUGGUCCCUCUAUCAAAUCAACAUAAUAGACCUGCAUUGUCAUGGGAUUUGAAGAUCAAGAAAAGGCGGAUCACUGUGCCUCCAUGUCUUGGCAAGUACAGACCAGUUGUGGGCCAGUGUUGCCACCAGUGCACCCCGGACAGCCUGCGUAAGAGGUUUGGACAAAACUCUUUGCUUGGCUUCCACAACAUUCUAGAUGUCAACGAGACACAAACCAGGUAUCGAGGCUGGCUGGUGCGGAGGGUGUGCUGUGCAUUGUUUGUGAGGGGGUGCAAGGUUUACGCGAGUCCAGCUACAAACAGACUGGAGCGAGUGCGUCAGAGCAACAGGGUUAAGGAUGUGUUAGCAGCAGAGCAUAAAGCACCUGAGGGGCAAGACAGCCAAGGGCAGCUCAAGCUCCUCUCACCAUUCCUCCCCACCAUCAAAACCUGCAUCUCCCCUGGCCUCUUACGAUUCGUGGGCUGGGUGAUGCUGAAGAUGUUUUCUUCCUUAUUUGACAGCAUUCAAGUUAACCUCAACCAUCUGCCCGAUUUGCACAGAGUCUCGCAAGAGGGAUCUCUGCUGGUUUAUGUUUACGUGCGUCAGAGCGUCGUGGACUGUGCCCUCAUCCCUCUGGUGCUCUUCUGCCACAACAUGAGAGUCCCAUACACUGUUUGUCCUCUUCAGGUUCACAGCUCGCCCCUCAGAUCAAUCCUGCAGAAAGUGGGCGUGGUCCUCCUUCCACCGUCUGCAUCGACUGAGCAGGAAGCUGAGGCAGACAGACUGUACUCACCUGUCAUGACCUCUCUGGUACGUGAGCUGCUACAUGAGGGCCAGGCGAUUAGUGUUGGUGUGUCAUCGGAGUCUGGCCAAGGUGGCCAGUGGCUGGCUCGCCUCAGACAGCUCAUCAAAGAAGGACAUGUCCCUGAUGUCUGUCUGGUCCCUGUGGGCAUCUCCUACGACUGUCUGCCAAAAACUAACAUACAGGUUGGCCUAUGCACUGUGUUUCAGUGGCUCUUGUCUUUUUUUUGGAGGAGGCCAGAAGGAUGUGUGAGGAUCCACCUCUCGCAGCCCUUUUCUCUCAAGGAGAUGUGCGAUUCAGGGAGGUGCAGGGUAGAUGAAUGGCUCCCUCUACAGGACCUGUUGCUGCCUGUGAUCCUCAACAACAGAUCUAACACUGUGUUUGGGUGGAGGAGGAUGUUGUGGCUCCUGACCUCUUCUCAUUAUGCAUCUGAGCUUGAUGAGCUUACUCCUACAGAGAGAGACCUCAGCAUCGCCAUCAUCCUUCACCUCAUCUUCUCCGCAACUUCCUGCAAGGCUGUGAUGUCCACCAGUCUGGUGUCCAGUCUUUUGUUGUACAAACACCACAAGGGUGUUAGUGCAUCUGUCCUGUGUCGUGAUGUGGCCUGGCUCACCGAGGAGCUAUUGUUCAGGAACAAAGACGUCGGCUUUGGGGGGAGUUUACCGGAGGUUGUCCACUAUUCCCUCUCUCUGCUUGCCCCGCACCUCGUCAUAGGUGCAGUGCCAUCUAGGAAAGACCCCUUUAUUGUUCCCCGUCCCUCUCUCGCUGCCUCACUUCACCUCGCCCUCCAGGCUCAGAUGGUCACACACACCUUUAUAUCAGAAGCUGUUGGUGCAUGCGCGGUAUCCGCCAUGCUGUGCGAGGUGGCCGUCAGUGGCGUCGGCAGCGGGGGGAGGAACGACGGCGUGGACGCUGCAGAGGUCAGAGGUGACACAGACUUUGAUGUGGUGCUCUGCCAGUCUGAGCUGACGGAGCGAGCCCUGCAGCUCUGCCACCUCCUGCCUCCGGGCUUCAUGCCACCCUGUCAGUCAUCCCAGAGUUUUGCUCAGGACGCCAUUGACAGUCUGGUACGCUGUGGCAUCCUGAUCAUGGAAGAAAUUCCCAGAGAUGUUCCCAUCUGUGACUUCUGGAAGAAAGAGGGCACUAUGACCUGGACCACCUCUGACGACCCUUAUCACAGCGACUCUGACUGUGAUGAGCAGGACCUGCGCUCCUACAAGAUAAGUCAGCCAAGCCUCUGUCCAGAAAUGCUCUUCUUCCUCUGCAGUAUGCUAGCUGGACAUCUGAGGGCACUGUGUUGGACCACAACAGGACUGGACCUCAUAGACUCACCUCUGCCUGAAACAGAAUUUGUGGCUCAGAUACACUCUCAUCUGUGUGACACGGCAAAGAAGAAGAAACAGCACUAUGAGAGCUGCUCAGAGGAGGCUGUACACACUGCAGUUAGAACACUAAUAGACCUGGGGGUUCUUUCGGAGGAGCAUCAGAAGGACGGCGUCUUCCUGGGCGUCAGUCCUUUGUUCCAGUCGACAGAGAACAGGCAGAAACUGCAGCUCUUCAUCAAACAGUACCUCUACAACUAAAGUGCCUAACUGAGCAGCCGGACUCGAGGCCUCAACAUGACUCUUUGUGUUAGAGUCUGACCUCAUCCUGUGUUAGUAUCAGAGAAACUUAUGUUUAGUGUUACAAGGAAGGCAGAUCUGCACCGAGCCGGGACGCCCGAGCCUUUAGGUUAAUUGCAUUUUGAUUUGUCAGAGAUGAGACAUUGAUUUUGAGUUUAUCUUUAGUAAUGGCAUUAGCAUAAAGCCACAGGAGACGGGGAUUAGGAAGUCCCUGUAAUCAGAUGUGAGGACUCGAAGGAUGAUGGUGCUUAGCACAGCUUGUGUUUCAUGUUUACGUUGUAAUUAAGGCUGCUGACGUUGUGUUUGUUACAUGUGGAGAAUGUUUUGGUUCUUGUUUUUCGUAGUGUUUGACAGAUGGAUCCUUAAAAAUAAAUCAGUAUUUCCUCAUAAAUUCAACACUUGAGAGAAGGUGAGUUUCUCGUACUUGAGGUGAAGCAUUUUAGAGGAAAACAUUCAAUUCCCCUUCCUGGAGAUCACAUUUGUUCCAGGCAGCUCAUCCUUGUGAGUGGCUCCUCUCCUGCAUGCAGAUCUCUGUGUGCUGACUCAAACCUCUGGAGUGGGUCUAUUCCACAUCGACCUUUUGACUCCAAGACACAGAUACAAAUCGAUAACUCUCUUUGAACAGGGCAUGGCUUCCUCUGGCAGGUGUUAAUGAUUUUGAGUUCACAGCCAAUAGUUUGUACAGUGAAGAAUCUCAGUGGCCGUGAAACAGAGCACAAAGGCUGUGAAUCUCUACUGCCACCCAGUGUUGAAUCGUGUAUGUACAUUCAACGUCUCGAUUCAUUUAUCUGUACGUAUAUACAUUCAGGUUAGUUUGAUUGUACGAACAGGGUUAUAUUGUUUUGUGGUGCUGUUGAACUACUUCUGCAUUAUAUUGAAACGUGUUUCUGAUAUUUUGUUCUGUUUGUAUCAGUGACGGUGAAUAAACAGUUUAGUCUCCUCUCAUUCUGAAGCAGUACAGUUGAAUAGCACCUCAAAUUAGAC